AACCCAAACCAAAAAUUCCCUCCCCCCACCCAAAUUCCCACUAUAAAUUCCACCCCAGAUCCAUUCCUCUCCCUCACCAAACUCCGCAGCGAUUCCAAAUCUCUCGUCUAGUACAACUGUUCUCAGUUCAUCGGAUCUCCGACGAUGUCCGGACGCGGCAAGGGCGGCAAGGGGCUGGGCAAAGGCGGCGCGAAGCGGCACCGCAAGGUUCUCCGCGACAACAUCCAGGGCAUCACCAAGCCGGCAAUCCGGAGGCUGGCGAGGAGGGGCGGCGUGAAGCGCAUCUCGGGGCUCAUCUAUGAGGAGACCCGCGGCGUGCUCAAGAUCUUCCUCGAGAACGUCAUCCGCGACGCCGUCACCUACACGGAGCACGCCCGACGCAAGACCGUCACCGCCAUGGACGUCGUGUACGCGCUCAAGCGCCAGGGCCGCACCCUCUAUGGCUUCGGCGGCUGAUUCUGCUGGUUGUGCCUUAGCGAUGUGCUCUUGUUUCCCCUGUGUAGAGAGAUCAAGAAUCCCUUCUGUAGUUUGCCUGUUUCGAUUGUUCCUGUAGUGCGUCGGUGCGUCUCAACCUCCUGUUUUAAACCCUGUUCUA